GCUCUACAAAAUUUCCUUGGUAACUUCAAAACUAAGACUCUUGUUUACCUUUUCUUCUCCCAACAAGAUCCAGAUCUAACGCAUGAAAAGGCUAAUUCCGUCAGUUCAACUAUCUUCUCCUACAUUUUACUUUUUAUUCAUUUCUUUUCAGUCCUACGUUUUACGAUCUAUUUUCAAAAUGACCAAAUGGCCCUUCCCCUCACUGUGAAUAAUUAGUUUUACAAAAUACUUUAUAUUUUCUUUAUUUUUUAAUGGUUCAGCUCUCAAAAUAGGAUAAAAUUCACAUACCCUAUUUUUUUUUUUUUAUAAUUAUAUUGAAUACGUUAUUAUUUUUUCGCACUUUUUGGAAAAUUAUUUUCUUAAAUUUUAAGAAAUAUAUUGCUAAGAUAUUUCAACUACCCAAUUAUUAAAAAAAUUCAUACCGACCUCAUAUGUUGAUAUUUACAAUUUGGUUUGACCUUGUUAGAAUAAUAAACGUAAACUUGAGAAUUAAGUCUACCAUAGUUACCUUUUUUUCUCCAACAAGAUCCAGAUCUGGCGCCUGCUAAGGCUAAUUCCGUCAUUUCGUUAUUAUCUCCCCGUACAAUUUUAUCCUUCAUUUCUUUUUAGUCACACCUUAAUUGUUCUUACUCCCAAAAUCCCCUCGCCGGCGCUGCCGUCCUCCUCCUCAACCACUGUUAAUACCUCCACUCGCCGUCGUAUCCAAUUUUCCCAAAAUGACGAAACUACCCCUACCCUUCCUCCUCCUUCUAUUUCUCGUCUCGUUCACCACUGGCGAGAUAAAGAAACUCAAAAUCUCGUCGGAUCCACGUGCAAUGAUCCUUUUCGAACGGUUCGGGUUUACUCAUACGGGUCAUGCCGCCAUUAGUGUUUCCUCGGUUUCCGUUAUCUCAACAUUAGCCUCUCCGGACCCUGCACGGCUCGGCUUUUUCCUAUUAUCGGAAGAAGCUUUAUUACAAGUUCUCCUUGAAUUGCAACAAAACCCGACAUUCUGUGUACUCGAUUCGAAAUUUGUGAAUUUGUUGUUCACUUUUCGUGAACUUUCUCCGCCCCCGAAUUCGUCGUUUAAUCGGUCGUAUCCGGUUACUUCUCCGAAUGAGUAUUCGCUUUUUUUUGCGAAUUGUGCCCCUGAAUCGAAAGUUUCAAUGGAUGUACGGACGGAGCUUUAUAAUAUGGAUACUAAUCAAGUGAAGGAUUAUUUAUCUGCGGGGUUAACGGUUUUGCCUGGGUUGUAUUUUUUGUUUUCGUUUGCUUAUAUUGGAUUUUUGGGGGUAUGGUUGUAUGUGUGUGCAAAAAAUAGGAAAUCUGUUCAUCGGAUUCAUAUGCUUAUGGCUGCGUUGGUUGUGAUGAAGGGAUUGAAUUUGAUAUUUGCAGCGGAGGAUAAGCAUUAUGUUAAGGUUACUGGUACUGCUCAUGGUUGGGAUGUUUUGUUUUAUAUAUUUCAGUCUAUUCGUGUUGUUUUGUUGUUUACUGUGAUUGUUUUGAUUGGUACUGGAUGGUCGUUUUUGAAGCCGUUUUUGCAAGAGAGGGAGAAGAAGGUGUUGAUGAUUGUGAUCCCACUUCAGGUUUUGGCCAAUGUGGCUUCGAUUGUGAUUGGUGAAACGGGUCCGUUUAUUAGGGAUUGGGUGACUUGGAAUCAGGUGUUUUUGAUUGUUGAUAUUAUUUGUUGUUGUGCUAUUAUAUUUCCUAUUGUUUGGUCGAUUAGGUCUUUGAGGGAGACGUCCAAGACUGAUGGAAAGGCUGCGAGGAAUUUGUCGAAGUUGACUUUAUUUAGGCAGUUCUACAUUGUGGUGAUUGGGUACUUGUACUUUACGAGGAUUGUUGUGUUUGCAUUGAGGACAAUUGCUGCAUAUAAGUAUCAAUGGGUGGCAAAUGCUGCCGAGGAGAUAGCCAGCUUGGCAUUCUACAUGGUGAUGUUUUACAUGUUUAGGCCAGUGGAGAAGAAUGAGUACUUUGUUCUUGACGAGGAGGAAGAAGAGGCUGCAGAGUUGGCUCUUCGAGAUGAGGAGUUUGAGCUGUGAAGUUGAGUUCUGGUGGAAGGUGUCCUGUCAUCUAUGCAGUUCGCAGCCUAACACUGUGAGUUCACUUAAGUGAUAAUUAGGUUUGCAGGGAUGAAUUAUGAAUUAUCAUUUACUGUUCUUUUACUUUUUCAUUUUUAUUAAACAAUAUUGCGGGUUGUAGUAAUAGCACUAUAAUCAUUGAACAGUGGUUUUCAUUUUUUUAUAUUGGAAGUUCUUUCAUUGGAA